GAGGACUGCGGCGGCUGUUUUGACUUGAGAAGGAGAGAGAACAUAAAAUUCUCCCAUCCUGACUCGCUUCAGACAUCACAACUGAACUCAAUCGCAACACAUGUAUCUCCACUAUCCGUGGACUACCAAUCUGACGAGAUACAUACUUUAGAUCAGGAUAUAUACCAAACAACAUUAGCCAUGUCUCUGACGAUGUCAACAGUGAGGCGUCGCCAGACAGAGGCAGAAAAGAACCUGAAUCGACUGCGCAGUGUCCGCCCCGAGAAGCUGUCAGCAAUGUGCAAGAUGCACCUGUCAUUCCUUCUUGACCUUGACGGUGCCAAGUUGGAGGAACUUAGCAAUGAAACCACGGACAAUAACAAGCCUGAUAAAAAGAGGGGUUGCUCCACUCCAUUCUCCAAGAAAAAAGGAAAGGGUCUUUUCGGAUCUCCAGUAAGCGAGGAGAAUGUGGCUCAUGUGUACCAGUUGAUUGAGUUCCUCGGAAGACCUGAGAAUAUUGCCAAGGAAGGCCUGUUCAGAAAGAAUGGAAACAUCUGCCGCCAGCGCAUCUUGAAAGAGCUGCUAGAACAGGGCCACAACAACCUCUGUCUGGAUGAUGGCACCUUCACCGCUCAUGACGUUGCUGCAGUCCUCAAACACUACCUUGCCGAGCUCCCUGAGCAGCUUCUGACAGAGAAACAUGCAGAGGCACACAGGCAAAUAUUUGACAUGGGUCGUGAUGUGUCCGAGAGUGACCGUGCCAGGGUCAAGGACAAACAGCUCAUGGCUCUACAGCUGCUGUUCCAUCUUCUGCCCCGAGAGAAUGCUCUUCUUUUGGAGUGUGUUCUUGACCUUCUGCACAAAGUUGCCAAGGUCUCAGAGAACAGGAUGACAUCACAGGCGCUUGGAACGAUCUUCACUCCUCAUCUGUUCUGUUCAAGAAAGUUGACUCCUGCAGAGCUCCAUACAGCCUCCAUGAGCUCGGCCAAGGCGGUCAGCUUCCUGGUGGACAAUGCUCAAGCACUGUUCAAGAUCCCUCGAGAGUUGGCAAUAGAUGUGUCCAACUUUUGGCGUGAAAUGGAAGACCCAAAUUACAACAGUAACAGACCUGAUUCCUCCGAGAAGAACAACAACAUCACCAGACCCAAGAAAUGGGGAAGUGGCCCAGCCUUGAACACACUGGUGUGCUACAUUGACCGACCUGUUUGCCAACAGGCGGACACUGCCAAUGACACCCAGGUGGCUCUCGCAAAGCUUUACGACCACGUCCAGGCCAUGCCAGAGUCAGCCAAGAAGAAGAAACUACUCAAGCAGUUCAACCGUGCAAGUAGUAACACACAGCCUAAGAACAAACACACAAGAAGUCGGACAUUUGGUGAAUCACUCAAGAAACACUUCCCAGUUCUCCACAAACACAAGCGCCGUGGCUCGAAUGACCCUGCCCAACUUACAGAGAACUUGAACUGGGGAUUGACCAAACCCAUCCUCAUCGAGGAAGUUGACGAUGACAAGGUGACGAUUAUCAAGUGUGGCAACUCACCACCCACACCCAACAACAACAAGGAGCCCAAGGCUAAAGUGGCCUCCAGCCCAGCCGUCCAUAUUGUAGACAUGAGGGACCACAACACACACAAGACUAACACACGGAAACGACGCAGUAACGAAGACAUGGACAGGAAUGUUCCCUUCAAGAAAGACAACCAGGAAAACAUCAGUUCCCAGAAACAUCCAUCUGCCGAGAACGAGAUCAACUACAUGAAUGUCAACAUGAAUGUCAGGAAGACACUGUACUUUACACCCGAACGAAACAAACCCAUCGCCAUGGUUUCACCCAUCACUCAGUCUAUGUGCAAGGCACCAAAAUCUGUGCAGAAACAAGUGCUGACCCCUCGGUCCAGAAAAGCUAUGUCCCUCGUCCAGUCGCCCAUGGACUAUGAGAGUUCCAUGUAGUGCUACAACAAACACUCUCCACAACUUUCUUACCUCUUUUCUUCGCUCUUCCUUUCUAUUCUUCGCUGUCAGAUUUGUAAAUAACUUAUAAUGUAAAAAUACUUAGUGCAAAAGCUGAACAGAAAGUGCUAAAUAUUUGGGUACCACCCGGAAAUUAUUGUGAUGUGAUGUGUUUGUGAACUGUCGCUGAAAGAUGAAGCCCAUCAGCCAAGCUGAAGUGGAUGCAGCAUAGAAAUAUUUGAUUCUCGAGUGAAUAUGAUGUGAUUGCCAAUAAUUGUACAGUUGUGCUCUGCACAUAUGCAUGUAAAUCUGCACAACCAUGUAAAGAUGCACGAUGAGUUGUACAGAAGAUAAGUGUAUGACAAAUAUUCUUAUAAUCAUGAAUGGCAGAAUGGUAUGAUAAUCACCAAGUGCUCAUUACUAUUAUCAUUACUGUGAAGUGUAUCAUAUUUCAAAUAUUUUACUACCUGCUGAUACUACUGGGAACAUUUAAACAACAUUCAAUACUUUACUCUUCACUCAAGGCUUGAGUAUUGUGUGUGCUUUAAAUAGGUAGGCCCUCAAUAGUACAGAAAUCAGCCUUGACUCACCCCUGUACUAUUUUGGUUACCAUGUUCGUUAUUUAUUUUGUAACAUUCAUUCAAAAUUGUUUGAUUGUAGCAGUUUCCUUUUUAUUUGCUUGUUAUUUAAGUUAGUUUUUGUCAUUCCUAUUGCCAAAAUUUUAGUAGGAAGUUGAAACAAGCUUUAAUUUUAACUUAACUGAAGCUUAGGAUUUCAAGGAAAACUCUGCAUUUUAGAGUAGAAGCUGCGUCAGAUUUCCUACUGCAAUGUUAGAAAUGCUAAAUGGUUGCUCAGCAACAUGAUUGGAGCAUUUUCGUGUGUGUUAAGUGUGUGCUUUAAGUGCUAAAUAAUCUAAAUAGUGUUUUAAUAUUCUGUCAUUCUGUGAGUGGGCACAGAAGACAAUGAUGAUGCCACUCGUGACAUGUAAUUAAAAUAAAGAUAUAUA